AAAAAAAAAGAAGAGGGGUGAAAUGUGAAGAUAAAGUCUUCUCUCUCCACAUUUUCUUUUCAAAACAAGACACCAAACUCUCUUCUUUUUCCUCUUUGCCAUUCACCCCCACCCCACCCUCCAUGCUCCCCCUUGACACACAUAUACACCCUAUAUAAAAGCAAGAACCAUCGCUCUAAAGAGAGAAACAGAGCUAUCUAUCAAUGGAGUUUGAUCUUGAGAAUCCAUUGCCACAUUCAAAUGACAUCUUCUCCUCAUUAUUCCACGUAGAGAUUGAUCACAUGCCUUCCAAGAGCUACAUCCAAACCUUAAUCUCAUCGAGCUCGUAUCUCUCCGUCCGCCGCCAAAUCUCCUCCUCGAUCUUCCAUAUCUCCCGUCAUUCCGAUCCCUUCCUCCCCUACCUAGCCGUUAACUACAUGGAUCGCUUCCUCUCCGCCCACCCCAUUCCGCAGGAUAAGAAGCCAUGGAUCUUCAGAUUAGUUGCGGUUUCCUGCAUUUCAUUAGCACUCAAAAUGAUGAAAACAGAGUACUCUGUUUUCGAUCUCGAUGAUGGAGGUUUGGUGUUCGAUUCUCUUACAAUCGAGAGAAUGGAGAUGCUGAUCCUCGGAGCUCUGAAAUGGCGGAUGCGUUCCGUCAGUCCCUUUUCGUUUCUCGGUUACUUCGUCUCGUUUUUCGACUCCGGCGACGAUGAAUCCGUUCAGGCUUUGAAAAACAGGGGAACUCAGAUUAUUUUGAAAUCUCAGAGUGAUAUCAAAUUACUCGAGUUCAAGCCGUCGAUCGUCUCCGCCUCGGCCCUUCUCUUGGCAUCUCGCGAGUUUUCCCCUACACAGUUUGAACCGUUCCGAGAUGCCAUAUGCAGUUGCAUUUAUGCGAUUAAGGAGGAAUUGCAGCAUUGUUAUGAUGUGAUGGCGGAGGCGGAGGCGGAGGCCGGGUGUGAGGUGCCCUCAACGUUCGCGUCGGAGUCAUUAACGCCGCCCAAUGUGCUCGACUUCAGCUGCUCCAUCUCAGAGACAGAUAGCAAUCAAAUGAGUGAGGGAGUGAUUGAGAAUUCCGCCACUAAUAAAUCGACUCAGCUUUCUCAGGGGGAAAUCAGUGACUAGUAGUGUUACAUUUGAUGAGAGAGGGACGUCAGCAAAUGGCAGGGGUAUUUUUGUCUUUUCAUCCCGAUGGCGAAUGGGCGGGCUCCGGCGGUUUUAGUCUGUCUCGGUUGGUUUCUGAUUUGAAUGGAUGAAUAUUUUUCGCGUUGGAACAAUGUUAUUUUGGUGAAUCGGAUUAUUUUCUUUCGCAUUGGGAUGAUCGCGUGUUCAAAUUUUGUGCGUAGAGAUAUUGCAUCUUUGGAUUUAGAUUAGUACACAGCACUUGCGUGGUGUAUAGGGAGAUCUUUGAUAGUAGGCAACUUUUAAAAUCAAAAUCGAAUCUUUUAUAACAGAGGUAAAAAUUCUCCUCCGUCCCCAUUAAUUGUCACUCUUUUCUA